AUGCUUCAACCAGCAAAGAAACGAGGAGCGCUGUUCUGCUACACUAACAUUUACAACUAUCAAAAAUUGGACGUCGAAGUAUUGAGUGAAGAUCCCAUUCUCAUUAUAUACAGGAAUUUUGCCCCAGCCACAUUUGUUGCCGAUUUCCUUGCGGAUGCCAGAAGGAGGCAGUUCGAUAAUCAGUUAGUGGUGGAUCAUGAAAAACAGGAGCCAGACAGUUUUAAAACCAGUCCAUCUAGAAGAGUAAAUGGAACGUGGUUUGAACAUGAAGAAACGAGCGGAGUAGCAAAAAUGUUCAGACGAGUCCAAAUGAUGCUACCGUUCAUCAACCUCGUGUUCAGUGAGCAGUGGCAGGUUCUCUCCUAUGUUCCUGGUGGACACUAUGCGCCUCAUUACGAUCUUCUCAAUUACGCUUCUGCAGAACAAUUGGAUGCAUAUACAAAAGUCAACGGAGAUCGAUUCGCAACAUUUCUUCUGAUGCUUCAGCCAGCAACCCAAGGAGGAGGCACUGUUUUUCCCUACUUGGGGAUCACAGUGAUGCCUUCACCUGGUGACGCAGUUUUCUGGACUAAUAUGAACGUUUCUAAAGAAAAGGAACUUAAUAGCCUUCAUGGUGGUUGUGCUAUAUGGGAAGGUGAAAAAAUAGCAUCAACAUUGUGGAUUCGAGCCAAAGAUCAGGAUCUUCUCCAGUCGCCUCUUCAAAGUGGCAAACUUGACAUCCGAAAAUUAAUCCGUCCGCGAUUGGAGUACAUGGGAAUAACGCCUAUUAGGAUGUAG